UCUCUACUUUUAAAAAUUUAAAAAAAAAAAAAGAUAUUUUGGGCAGAGAGAAGUGGCUGUGCAAAAGUGGGUGUUUGCUGAGUUUGUUCAAGGAGCAGAAAGGAGGCUGCAAGGGUGUGAGGGGCAGAGGGCCUGGGAGUUUGUGUGUGUCUGAGGGGGAUGGGAAAGGGAGUGUUACUUGGGCUGUGAAAAAAGCUCUUCCUUGCUGUCUGGUGGGAGUAGAGGUGGGAGGCCUCCAGGCCAAGGCAGGUGUGUGGGGCCCCAAGGCAGGUGUGUGGGGCCCUAAGGCCCAGCUGGUGAGAGAACCUCACAGCUCCCAGGCUGUCCUUCCCCACCAGCCUCCCUGCCCUUCGCUAUCCUGACGCUGGUGAACGCCCCGUAUAAGCGAGGAUUUUACUGCGGGGAUGACUCCAUCCGGUACCCCUACCGUCCAGACACCAUCACCCACGGGCUCAUGGCUGGAGUCACCAUCACGGCCACCAUCGUCCUCGUCUCUGCCGGGGAAGCCUACCUGGUGUACACAGACUGGCUCUAUUCUCGCUCUGACUUCAACAGCUACGUGGCUGCUGUAUACAAGGUGCUAGGGACCUUCCUGUUCGGGGCGGCCGGGAGCCAGUCUCUGACAGACCUGGCCAAGUACGUGAUUGGGCGUCUGAGGCCCAACUUCCUAGCCGUCUGUGACCCCGACUGGAGCCGGAUCAACUGCUCGGUCUAUGUGCAGCUGGAGAAAGUGUGCAGGGGAAACCCUGCGGACGUCACCGAGGCCAGGUUGUCUUUCUACUCGGGACACUCUUCCUUUGGGAUGUACUGCAUGAUGUUCUUGGCGCUGUAUGUGCAGGCACGGCUCUGUUGGAAGUGGGCGCGGCUGCUGCGACCCACAGUCCAGUUCUUCCUGGUGGCCUUUGCCCUCUAUGUGGGCUACAACCGCGUGUCUGAUUACAAACACCACUGGAGCGAUGUCCUUGUUGGCCUCCUGCAGGGCGCACUGGUGGCUGGCCUCACUGUCCGCUACAUCUCAGUCUUCUUCAAAGCCCGACCCCCGCAGCACAGUCCGAAGGAGGAGGAGCUGGAAUGGAAGCCCAGCCUGUCACUGACGUUGACCCUGGGCGAGGCUGACCACAACCACUAUGGAUACCCGCACUCCUCCUCCUGAGGCUGGACCCGCCCAGGCAGGGAGCGGCUGUGAGUCCAGCUGAGGCCCACCCAGAUGGCACCGAAAGCGA